UGGUCGCUUUCUUUUUCUUUGCUCUUGCUUCUCUUCUCCCAUUGUCCUCUGUUGUGGCUCUCUUGUCAAUUUCUAUGUUCUUCUUGAUCUAUUUUGGUCAGAAUUAAAAGCUUUCUUAAUCGUUAAAAAAUAUUGAGCUUGAACAUUAGAAAAUACUUAUAUACAUUGUGCAUUUUGAACCAUUUAUUAUGCAGUUUAGUAUUCCAUUUGAUAUGUUAAAGACAGUUCUUAAAUAAUAUUUAAAUCAGGAGAAUAUCCCUUAUUGAAAUCUUUACAUUUGUUUGAGUUAAGUAAACUUCACAUAAAUAAUUGAAAUUAUUAAUGAAUACUACUGCAAAUAUAAAUUGGAGUAAAAACUAAUAAUAUUUAUUCUGAUGCAAAUGAAUUUCAAGUUGAGUUAUUGACGAAGAAACUUAUGAUUGUUUGACUAGUUAUUGAUAUGAUUGAAAUAAUAGUAUAAAUGAUAAUCACGAAGAUAAUAUAAUUAUUUUUUUUGUUAUAAAUCAUGUAUUCAAGUGUUAUUACUUAUGAGUAUGAUAUAUGUCGUUAAUAUUUGAGGAUAAACUAUUUGGAAUAUAUAUAUAACUAGUAAGUGGAAAGAUAAAAUUACCAGAAUACUAUAGAAAUAAUCAAUUUCCAUUUUUUCUACAUCAUAUUUACAUGGCUCGACGUAAAAAAAGUGAUACUAAUCCUACUACAGGAUCACCGCCAUCAUCAUCAUCACCACCUUUAACUAAUUCAACAAUACCAGUAGUGAGAAAGUCACAACGUCAAAUAGCUAAAAAAAAAUUAGUAGAAAAUAUGAGUAAUAUAAAUGUACAGAAUCCAAAAACUAAAAGGUUGGUAUCAUCUUCUACUUUGAAUCCUAAAAAUCCAUUAGUAAUAGAAGUUUGUCAUAAUAGUGAAGUCGAAAAUAAUGACGAUAAUCAACAGUGGAGAAGUGAAAAAGACACUGAAAAUUUACAUAAAUCGAAAAAAGACUGUAACGAUACUUCGUCUCGAGAUAAAACUGUUGAUGAACUAGUGGCAGUGAAUUUACUGGAAAAUAACUUAAAAAUAGAUAAAAUGAGCAUAAAAUAUAAUGAUAAUAAUAGCAGUAUUGACGAAAAUAAUUUAAACAAAGAUCAUAUUAAUUGUAAUAAAAUAAUUUAUAAUGUCCAUAAAAAUGUAUCAGAAAAUGGUAAUUGUACAGAUAAAAUUACAUGGUCUGAUGAUGGUAAUGAAAUACAACACGUGAUAGAAGAAACUAUAAUUUGUGAAGAAAUGCAAGUAGAUGAUGAAAUUGAACAAUUUACAACAGUUAAAGACGAUACUACGAUAGAAGUUGAAGAAAUUGUAUUGGUAAACGAACCACCUUUCCAAGAUGAAGAGGUUAUUGAAUAUACCAUAAUACAAAAUAAAGAUAAUGCAGAAUCCAUAGAUGAAUCUGAUUGUACUAAUAACAUAGAAAAGAGCGAUAGAUUAAAUAGAUUUUAUCUUCAAGAUGAAAUUCAAGAUAAACAGUUUUCAAAGUGUUCAUUCAUUAAUAAUAAAGACAUUGAAUUAGUUAACCAAACAACCAAUAAUAUCAUUUCAGUACAAGAUCCACAACUUGAAGUUGAUAGUUCAGUUGUUGAUACAAGUGAAAAAAAAUUGAUAAAUGAUUCUUUAGUGAAUUUAUCGGAAUCUUCUAGUGGUUAUGAAAAAACAUACAAAGUAAAUGAAUCUUUAAUUAAAGACUAUGAAAGAAGUGAAAUAAAACAAAUUGAAAGUAAUGUUAAUGUCAACAAGGGGAUAGUUGAUAAAUUAAAAACAUGUAACUCAAAUUCAACUGAAGAUAAUACAAUAAAUAAUCCAGAUUCUGCGAUGUUUGAAACUUACAAAAAAAAGAAGAAAUCAACCGCUUUUUACAAUAGAAAAAAUUUAAAAUCGCGUGUAACAUCGAAUAACAAAGAUAAAGAAUUCAAAUCACAGAAUCAAUUGGAAAAAACACCGGAAAAUACUAUAACCGAUUUACAAAUGACUAGUAAUGAAGUACAAAUAAAUUUUCCGUCUUCUAAUCAACGUGAUCAGUCACUGCCAUUAAAUUUUGUUACUGAUUCACUUAUAUCUUCAAAAAUGCAAUCUAGUAAUAGUAUUGAUAAAGUAUCUCUUGAAUCAAAUAAAUUAGAUUUUGUUAACAUAGAAAAUGAUAAUUCGUGCACCAUGUCCAACAGAAGUACACCAUGCAAUGAUUCGCCUAUUAAUAGCGAUUGGGACAAUAACAUUCAUAAUAUUGAAUCAAAAUUACAAAAUUUCACGAUAAAUAAAAUUACGAAUAAUGUCGAGUCUCAAAAUUUACUAUCCGAACAAAAUGAAGUAUCAAAAUUAAAUAAUGAUAAUAUUCAAUCAUCAUCAAGUGUAGAUGAUAGUAAUGUUUCUGAUUUUUAUAAUAGCUGUAGUGAAAGUAAUUCCGAAAUUACAAAAAUGGAUGAAAAGAAUUGUAAAAAUUUAGUAGACAUGAAAACUGUUAUUGUUAAUGAGUGUCAAAAAAGUAAAAAGGAAUAUUUCACUGGAUCUUCUAAUAUUCAAACAGCCGAGUGUGAUAAUCGAUUAAAUGAAAAUAAUUUAUCAGGUGUACGUCGUAGUAAUCGAAUUAAGUCGCAAAGUUUGAUGAGACAAAAAUCUCGUGGUCGAGGUUUAGUAACAAAACCUGGUUUAUCAGAAACAGUUAAAUUAUUCAAUAAUCAAGAAUCUAAUGAAAAUAUUCCUGCUAAUAAUAUGUCACUAAGUAAUCAUUCGUCAAUUAACGAAAACAAUUUUCUUAUUAUUGAUAAUCAAUCAGAAACUCAAUCAGAUAAAGAAAAUAAUGUUAAAAUACAAUUACAAAAUAUUUCUGAAUCUUCAACUUCUAAUACAGCCAGUAACAAUAGCAAUACGGCUUCAAUAUCUAAUACAAUGGUUGGUGAUUAUAAUACCGGUGACAGUAAAAAACCAGUUAAAGUUAAAUCUCGAUGGCGACGAUCAAGUGAAUUGGAGAUGGGAAAUUCAAUAUCAAAUCGUCUGUCUUUUGGAGAUAUCGUUACAUCUGGUUCCGAGUUUUCAUCUCUUUCGUCAGUGAAUAUAAAUGAAUCAUUUAACAAUGCUCACUUUGUAUCUAAAAAUAGUGAUUCUAUUCCUCUAUUAAAGUGUAAAGAAGAAGAUUUAGUAGCUGAAGAAACAUCAGUAUCUACAUCAUUCAGAAAUUCUACUAAUGAUUUGAAUUCAUUCAUUUUUUCGGAAACAUCUAAUAUUGAUAAAGCAAUGUCAUCUAUGGUUAUUGACCAAAAAUCAGAAAAACAGUUAGAAGAGAAAAGAAAAAAAUAUGACAAAAAAACGAAUACUGAAAUUAUUCAUAAUAAUGAUGAUAAUGACAAAUUUAUUGGAAAUGGUUGUGAUAAUGUAGAAAAAAAUCAAGAAGAACAAGUACAAAAUAAUUCGAAAAAUUUAGAAAUGGUACUUAAUGAUGAAGAUGAGAGAGAAUUAAGAGAACGAUUGAGUCAAUUCGAAUAUCUAAAAGAAAAUCUUUAUUUAACCGAACGAUAUACCAAUAAAGAAACUAAACGAAUGAUUUGUGAUUGUUUUCUAACUGAGGAAGAAAUAGAACGUGGAGAGUUAGGGUGUGGAGAAGAUUGUUUAAAUCGAUUACUUAUGAUUGAAUGUGGAUCGAGAUGUACUAUCAAUGAUAGAUGUACGAACAAAAGAUUUCAAAAUUGUGCCUAUGCAAAGUGUCAAGUAUUUAAAACUAAAAAAAAAGGUUUUGGAUUGCGUGCUACUGCAGAUUUACCAGCUGGAGAAUUUAUCAUGGAGUAUGUGGGUGAAGUUGUUAAUACAAGAGAUUUUCGAAAAAGAGCCAAGGAGUAUUCAAAAGAUAAAAAUAGGCAUUAUUAUUUUAUGGCACUAAAAUCCGAUCAGAUUAUAGAUGCAACAAUGAAAGGGAAUAUAUCACGAUUUAUUAAUCAUAGCUGUGAUCCAAAUGCAGAAACACAAAAAUGGACUGUCAAUGGUGAACUUCGAAUUGGUUUUUUCAAUCGACGUUUCAUUGCAGCUGGUGAAGAAAUUACAUUUGAUUAUCAUUUUCAGAGAUAUGGUAAGGAGGCACAAAAAUGUUAUUGUGAAUCGACAAAUUGUCGUGGUUGGAUAGGAGAUACUCCAGAAGAAGAAAAAGAAAAAACUGAAAAAAAAGAGAAAAGAGUUGGUAACAGUUGUACUAGUGGAGGUGUAUCAACUACUAUUGUAACUACUGGUAACAGUUCAAGUAGCAAUGAUAAAACUGAACGAGAACGUGACACUACUGUUUGUACAAAGAAAAAACGUAAUGAAGCAAAAGCAAAGGUAUAUUUUGAAGAUGAAGAUCUCGAAGAGGAAAUUGAAAAAUUAUGUACUAGUGGACUUAAAAAUCGUAAUCACACUUUAACUUUAAGUCGAUUGAUGGUACGUUGCCGAGAAAUGGAACAUAGAACUCGUCUUUUACGUCUCAUUCAAAAUGGUGAACAACCUUGUCGACGACUUUUUCUUGAUUAUCAUGGUCUUAGAUUAAUUUGGAGUUACAUGAUGGACAUUGCAAAUAUUGAUAAUGAAAAGGCGCAAUCGUUUAAACUUGAACUACUUAAAGCACUUAAUACAUUACCCAUUCCAAAUAAAACAAUGUUGAUGGAUAGUAAAGUUUAUAAUGUUGUUGAAAAGUGGUCCAAAUCAUGUUUAUUACAUGAUAAUCCGAAUAAAGUUUGUGAAACACAGCCCGAAGAAGAUGUUAAUACUGUCAAAACUAUUAAAAAAGAAAAUGAAUCGACUGUUUCAACACCAAAAAUUAGUGAAGAAGUUGAAAGCAACUGCGAUAGUAAUGAUAAUACUAGUAUUUCAUGUGCAGAUGUUGAUUUCAAUCGUAUUUCAGAACAAAAAAAAAGUCAAGAAACGACUAAUGAUAAUUCUGAUUCAGUAAAUAUUGAAUUAAAUAUCCAAGAGUUGGCAUCUAACCUUCUAAAUAAUUGGUCUAAUCUAAAAGAAGUUUUUAGGAUACCAAAAAAAGAACGUAUUGAACAAAUGAAAGAACAUGAAAGGGAAGCAGAUGAUGGUUAUAGAAAUGAAGAUAAUGGAAAUAAAGAAGAAUUAAAAAGAGAAAGUUGCUUAUCGUCUAUGUCGUCUUAUGAAAAGCAUCGAUCUGAUAGAUAUCAUUAUGGGAGUAAGAAAGAAGAGUCAGAACGUAAUCGAGAACGAUGUAGUGGUGAUCAUCAUCACCACCAUCAUCAUCAUCAUAGUCACAAUCAUACACAUAAUCAUCAUCAUCAUCAUCACCAUCGAAGUGAAAGAUUAGAUAAACGGAAAAAUCGAGAUAGUCCUGAUCUUUGUUCAGAUCAAACAUCUUAUAAAUUUAAAGAAAAACGCACAACAAAUGAUGAAAGAACAAAUCUAGUUCCAGUACCUCGAUUGACUAAGUUUGAACGAAGACAAUUGUUUGCUCUUAAAGUUGCAAAAGAAGAAGAAGAAGAAAGAAUUCGAAAACAACAACAAGAGUUAUGGCAACAGCAUGAAGCAAGAUGUCUUGCACUUAGCAUGAAUCCUCAUACAACUGCCGCUGUUGAUCCUCAAACUGGUUAUCCAUUAUUCUUUAAUGCUAUGUUAGGUCAAUGGCAAUCAUAUCCCAUUCAAGAAGAUAUGUGCGAUAUAUAUCAUAAUGGAUCAACACCAAUGACAAAUGAUCAGCAAAUUCAACCAACCCUUCAACCAGUUGAAAUAGUACCAUCUGUUAUUCCUCAAUACACAUCAGCAGUAACAUACACUCCAUUACAAACUCUUAAUCAUCAACCCACCGAGCAGCCAUUUGUUGAUUCUAAUGCACAUUUUCAAGGAAAUAUCAUACCUACUCAUACCACCGAACCUAUUUUGAUGCCUAUUAUCAAAGAAGAUGGACAGUUAUGUUUAGAAGAUUCCAUGGAACGGCAACAAUUUAAAGAAAAAGAAGAAACAGAAAAUGAUGAUGAUGAUGAAAAUGGAGACAGAAAAGACAAACGAAAAUAUAAGAGAGGGAAAGAAAUGAAUAAUGGGAAGAUAGAUGAAGAAGAGUCUUAUUUUAUUCCAUCAUGGAGAAACAUGGAAGUAGAAGUAAAAAAGAAAAUAGAAUUUAUGGGAGAUAAAAAUAAUAAACAAAAAUAUUUUGAACAACUAAAAAUACAAGAGAAAACAGAAAAUGGUAGAAAUGAGCAAAUAGAAGACAUAGGAAUGUAUGAAGUAAGGCAGCCAGAAUUGUCUCCUUUUCCAUCUCAAAUAAAUUCACAAGAAUGCAUAAAAGAGACGAAUAUUGGAGUUGAAGAUUCAAUUGAACAACAAUCAGAAAUGCCAAUGUUGGAUCUUCCUCCUAAAUGGAAGUGUGCUAAAGAUUCACGUGGACGCUUUUAUUAUUAUCACAUAAAAGAUAGGAUUUCACAAUGGUUACCGCCACCUCCAAUACAUAUUGACAUCCAACAUGAUUCUUCAUCGAGUUCUGAAGAAUCGAGUGAUGAUGAAGGAUCUUUAAGUUCAUCUGAUGCUGAAGACAUCCUUGAAGAUCCUGAUUUUGAACAAAUAGAGGUAGAUGGUGAUAGUACAAAAGAUGAUAAAGACUUUUUAAAGAGAAGUACAGAGAAAAUGAAAAUAUCUACAAAACUGAGUUCAAGGGUGGAUCCUUUAAAUUUAAAUAAUACUGUAGAGAUGAAAAGGAAACGAGAUAAACUUGUUCAAGAGAGAAUUAUUAGUCCAAGAAGAGAAUCAGAUCAAGUAGACUAUAAAAAGUACAAAGAUACAAAAGAAAAACUACGAAAACGUAAAGAACGAGUAAAGCUAAAAGAACAAAUAGAUAAAUUGAAAAAACAUCGACGAGUAAAUAAGACUAAAUCUCAUGCUAAACAUACUGCUAUUAAACUUCAAGCAAUUGCACAAUCUAAUGAACUUACAGCUGAAAGAAAAAUUAAAGAUACAUUCAGAAUAAACAUGGCCAAUGUUAUCGUUAAGUUUUUAAAUCCUUACAGGCAAAAUGAUUGUAAAUUAGGACGGAUUACUAAUACUGAAGAUUUUAAAUAUUUAGCCAGAAAGUUAACUCAUUUUGUAUUGGCGAAAGAAUUGAAACAUUGCAAGAGCAUUGAUGAACUACAUUGCAAUGAUAAUGUCAAACACAAGGCAAAAGAUUUUGUACGUAAGUAUAUGAAUAAGUUUGGACCAGUAUAUCAAAGACUUUCUGAUGAAGAUUGAAUGUUUAUAGUUGAUUUUUUAAUGCUUUUAUUAUUUCCAUAUUGAAAAAAUAAUUCUAUCAAAUUAAAAAUAAUGUGUACUAUUAAUAAAGCAUUUUUACCAAUGCCAUUAAAUUAAGAUAUUCUUUGAAUA